CGCACGCAGAUGCUACCUAAAUAUGGAGAGCAUGACGCCGCGUACCGCCGAGGAGGAUGGCGGAGGUCGCGCCGGUCCUGGAGUCCCGGCCAGGCCGCACGCACGAACGGCGGGACGCCACCACCCCUCCCCUCCCCCAUCGCAACCACCCACCCAACCCGGGCCCCCACCACCCGCCUGUCACUGCGCCACCGAGGGCAAAGCCGCGUCGCGAAUAACCGUGGGGCGUGCGCGCGUGCGUGCCUCUCUCCCUCCCUCCCUUUCCCCGCGUCCCCAGCGUCGCGUCUCUCCCGCUCGGAGGCGGCAGGAAGGAGGCGGAGGACGGCCACCACCGGGGCCACCGCAGGCGUCCCGCAUUGCCCCGAACCGGUCCCGUCCGGCCCAGUUGCCGCGCCAGCUCGAUCCGACCGACCCACUCGCCGGCCGGCCGGCCCCUCGUAGUAAUUAGUAGAGGAUGGGUGUGAUAUCACGGAAGGUCCUGCCAGCGUGCGGGAGCCUGUGCUAUUUCUGCCCCGCGCUGAGGGCGCGGUCCAGGCAGCCCGUUAAGCGGUACAAGAAGAUCCUUGCUGAAAUCUUCCCCAAAACACAGGAUGAAGAGCCUAACGAGAGAAGGAUUGGGAAGUUGUGCGAGUAUGCUUCGAGAAACCCUCUUCGAGUGCCAAAGAUCACAGUUGCUUUGGAGCAACGGAUUUACAAGGAGUUAAGGACUGAGCAGUAUGGCUUUGCGAAAGUGGUGAUGUUAAUAUACCGCAGACUGUUGGUUUCUUGUAAAGAACAGAUGCCACUGUUCGCAAGUAGCUUAUUAAGCAUUGUACACACUCUUUUAGACCAAAAGAGGCAGGAUGACAUGCGCAUCAUAGGAUGUGAAACCUUGUUUGAUUUUGUUGUCAAUCAGGUUGAUGGUACAUAUCAGUUCAAUUUGGAAGGGCUGGUCCCAAGACUAUGUGAAAUAGCUCAAGAAGUAGGAGAGGAUGAGAGGGCAAAUGCCCUCCGUGCUGCAGCCCUGCAAGCCCUUUCAGCUAUGAUCUGGUUCAUGGGAGAGCUUUCUCACAUCUCGUCAGAGUUUGAUAAUGUUGUUCAAGUUGUACUGGAAAACUACAAACCUCAGAAGAAGCCAAAUGAUGAUCAACGUACCAAUGAUGCACACAACCAAUCGGCGCAAGAAGUCCAAAACACAGGGCAUCAUGCUUCCCCCUUUGUCAUCUCUACGGCCCCCUCUUGGGAGAGAAUAGUUAAUGCUAAGGGAGGAGUUAACCUGCCUCUGGAAGAUGCUAAGGAUCCUAAGUUUUGGUCCAGAGUCUCUGUGCACAAUAUGGCCAAGCUUUCUAGGGAGGCAACGACGUUCCGCCGCAUCUUGGAGUCUUUGUUUCGGUACUUUGGUAACAAUAGCUCAUGGUCAUCCCAAAAUGGACUUGCUCUGUGUGUCUUGUUGGACAUGCAAUUUUUAGUGGAAAGCUCAGGCCAAAACAUGCACUUAAUGCUAUCACUACUGAUUAAGCAUAUCGAGAACAAGGUCAUGUUGAAGCAGCCAGACAUGCAGCUUAGCAUUGUGGAGGUGGCAGCUACCCUUGCAGAACAAUCCAGUGCUCUGGCUUCAGCAGCAACUAUAGGUGCCAUAAGUGAUCUUGUCAGGCAUUUGAAAAGGACAUUCCAUAUUACUCUUGGCAGCAAAGAUCUGGAGUUAGUAAAAUGGAACGAAAAAUUCCGGAAGGCCAUAGAUGAAUGCCUAGUGCAGCUGUCAAAGAAGGUAUCUGAUGCUGGGCCAGUUCUUGACAUGAUGGCUGUGAUGCUAGAAAAUAUUGCGAGCACUCCUGUUGUAGCUAGAUCAACUGCAGCUGCUGUUUAUCGUACAGCUCAAAUAAUUGCUUCUGUACCAAAUUUUCAAUAUCAGAAUAAGGUGUUUCCUGAAGCUCUGUUUCAUCAGUUGCUGUUAACAAUGAUACACCCUGAUCAUGAAGCUCGUGUUGCUGCACACCGCAUAUUUGCUAUAGUCUUAGUGCCCUCUUCUGUUUCCCCCUUGAUUCAAGCCAGUCCCUCUGGCCAUCCUAAGAAACAUGACAUGCAGAGGACACUCUCUAGGGCUGUCUCUGUAUUUUCAUCUUCAGCUGCUAUCUUUGACAAGUUGAGAAAGGACAAGUACUCUGACAAUUCACAAGGAGAAAGCAAGGACAAUAGUUUGCAUAGCAUUGAUGAAGAGACCAGAAAUCCCAAGCGUCAAAACCUGCCUGUGUCUCAAAGCCGCCGCCGUAGUAUGAAAGUUCCUAACUUUUCCAUGAAAAGAGGCGCUUCAAUGGCCAUGAGAGCUCCUUCGGUAUCUAUCAGAGCUCCCUCAAUAUCUCUGAGAGCUCCUUCGAUGUCUUUGAGAGCACCUUCUAUGUCUUUAAAGGAAGACCAAAGUUCCACAAGCAAGUCAGAUGAGGAAACGGAAUCAGUGUUGGUGAAACUGAGCGGUCGUCAGAUCACACUUUUGUUGACAUCCAUUUGGGCUCAAGCGACAUCUCCUGAAAAUACUCCUGCAAACUAUGAAGCCAUUGCUCAUACUUACAGUUUGCUUCUGUUGUUUUCUGGAUCCAAGGCAUCAACUUUUGAGGCUCUUACUCAGAGUUUUCAGGUUGCAUUUUCUUUGAGGAGCUAUUCGCUCACUGAAGCAGAUUCGUUACCACCGUCUCGGCGCCGGUCCUUGUUUACUCUGUCCACAGCCAUGAUUAUUUUCUCUUCAAGAGCUUACAAUGUGUUCCCUCUUGUUCCAAUCUGUAGACAAAUGCUUAAUGACCGAGCGGCUGAUCCGUUCCUUCAUUUGGUGGAUGAGAGCAGACUUCAGGCUGUUAAAGAUUCCUCAGAUGAUCCAUCAAAAAUAUAUGGAUCACCAGAGGACAAUGCUAAUGCACUGAAGUCCCUUUCAGAAAUAGAACUAUCAGAAAGUCAAUCGCGAGAAUGCAUAGUCUCCACAAUCAUGAACAGCAUUACAGAUUUGUUGGAUGCGGAGUUGCAUAAUGUGAGAAGCCAAUUGCUAAGCGAAUUCUCUCCUGAUGACAUGUGUCCAAUGAGCACGCAGUUUUUCGAAGCACAUGUUGAGACGUCGUCAGAGUCUCAUGAGACUGCCCACCAUCAAGAGGCUAUGCUGAUUGACCUGGGCAAUGACCAUGAUCAUUUCGGGGAAGCUUCAGAAAGCACAGAAGCUUGUGCAUCUUCUGUACCUGUAUCAGAUCUUCUGAGCAUUGAUCAGCUUCUUGAAACGGUUGUCACGGACCCAGCAGCUCAGACAGGAAUAAUUCCAGUGUCAGUAGACAUGCCCUUCAAGGACAUGACUAGCCACUGCGAAGCCCUCACUAUCGGGAAACAGCAGAAAAUGUCUGCCUUCAUGAGCUUCCAGCAAAACGUGCAUGCGGCUGCUCCGCCAAGCAAUCCGCCCAACCAGAUGGAACUGGUUCUUUUCCAAGACCCGCAUUUGCCUCAGGCUGGGGUGCAGAACACGAAUCCAUUCGCGGAUGGUAACUUGCAGGGCUAUCCUCAGCACAUGAAUGGGCCAAACGGCGACAACCUGCAGCCGGGUCAUGACUUCCAGCAGCAGUUCCUGAAGCUACCAGCAUCGAGCCCAUACGACAACUUCCUCAGGGCUGCUGGCUGUUGAGGUUCAGAGCACUGUCAUUCACAUGGAUGAUGAUCUCAAGAUAGCCCCACAGGUGUGGCAACUUUCCAGUUUUGCGAAAGAAAAAGGUAUGGCCGUGUAUGUGGUCUUAGAGGCUAGCUCAACCGGAUUCAGCACCCAUUCCAUCCAUUCUUUAUGUAUAGCUGUAUAGGUUUGUUCUUCUUGUGCCGUUGUUUUUGCCAAUGCAACGUGUAGAGGGACUGGGGGGAGCAGUGCUUCUAUAACAAACUGUACAUGUAACAUGUUGCCAAAUACAUAAAGAAAAAUGAUGUGUGUAAUGUGCCUAAAAAGUCUCCUCUUCGCAAGGCGACGCGGAUCAAAUAUUCAAAUCAUUGUACGGCACAGUAAUUCUGUGAUCAG